CCAUGAGAAGGGUAGAGAUAAAAACACAGAAGUGAUACUUCUCUCUCAUUAUUAGCUGUGAUUACUGAAGCUGUCCUCGUCUUGCAUGAUAGUGGCCAUGGAUUUCAUGAAAAGUUUCAACGCAUUUUUCGACUUCCUUGCCGGGAUUUGGAAUCCAGAGUUGAGGAAGAGAGAAGUAUAUAAACCUAAACUUGGCCUCGAGCUACUGUUCUUAGCAUGGUUUCCAGCCAAUCUAUUUGUAAGACGAUCACUCGCAAAUGUCGAAUGUCUUCAUGAUUAUGCAGUUGCACCUAAUCCAGGUGAAGUCCCCUUUCAUGACGUUAAGGACAAAAUGAAAGGCAGCAUCCGUAUGUUAUGCUUCUGGAUUAACGUAAAUAGCCUCCACCGUUCAGGGCUUCAUUUUCUCCUUUUCUUGAACGGUGUAUUAGAUUAUAUCAAGAGUCUUGGUCACAAGACUACCAAAAUCCAACCCUCGUGUCCAAAUGCCGGCCAAGAUGCGGAGAACAAUGGGCAAGUGUUACCUCCAGAAGAUUCGCAAGAAGAUCCGACUGUUGAACAGAAUGAAGAGCAGUCGGGACUAGAAACUUUUGAAAAGGUUUCUAGCGUGGUAUAUUCCAGUUCUGUCCAUAAAGAUACAAGUGAGGUAGCUGCUUCAGGAUGCAUAGCAUGGUGAUUAAAAUAUGGAGCCUAAUACAUCCGUUCUCUUCCAGAGACAUGUUCAACAAAAUUAAUAUUCAAGAAUUUACCUCUUUGUAACUUUUUUAUAGAAGUAAUAAAAUGGUUUAAUAUUUUA